AUUAUUUAAAUGACAGAACGAAUACGAAAGUUGGCAGUUAGGCAAUUACUAAGUCAAGAGCACAUAAGGUACUGUACCAUAAACAAUUCAAAUGGAGACUACCAAAGCACAGGUUCUGCUUUUAUUUGUGUUUGCGUUAAUGAUGAGUGUAUUUUGUCAACCGUUGAAUCAAGAUUUUACAACACCAAAAAGCUCUAAAAUACGGAUGGUUGAUCCUACAGACAAAGAACAAUUCACCGACCCCUUCUUUACAACACCAUCGAAAGGGGCAAAAAUUUUCAAUAGAACCCCAACUGAAUCUUCAAAAUCAACAGUUACAGAUGAUCCAAACAUUUCUGCGUUUAAUUUUAAGGGCGCAAUGGUGGAUAUUAGAGAUCAUAAAGGGCUAAUUCCCGACGAAAGUGCAAACCUCGUCAAUCAUUGCGAUAAAAGUGAUGGCAUGUGCGCUAAAGAAACAUUUUAACAUCUAAUUUCAUUAAUAAAUAAUUAGUAGUUUUCUAGCAGUUGUAUUUAACAAUUUCAAUUGAAGAUGUUCGGUUUAAUGCCCAAAACAAUCACUUGUUAUUGUUAAAACUAAUGAAGUAUUUGUUUUGUUUUUGUAAGCACAUAUAAAUAAAGUGUUUUCAAUAUGAA